AUGGGUUUUUCCGGGCAAGUUCGGACGGCGGUGGCAACGGUGUUGGUUCAAUUUUUGACGGUAGGAGUGAGCAUCUUGUCUCAAAAAGCGUUGGAAAAUGGCUCAAAUGUUUUUGUGAUUGUGGCUUACAGAAACCUUAUUGCUGCUCUGCGUAUUGCCCCAUAUGCCUACUUUAAAGAGAGGAUCUCGAUGGGUACGAGUCUCUUUUAUUAUGGCUUGCAAUGCACGUCAGUAACUUUUGCAGCAAACGUCAACAAUGUUAUCCCGGUCGUUACUUUUAUUUUUGCUGUAAGUAUAAGAUACAGCUCCCCAAUCAGUCCGAUUUCGAUAAUGGAUGGUUACAGAGAGUCAGACAUCUCUGAGUUAGCACUGUCAAAACCUUUGCGAAGGAAUAAUGUUAUCAGAGAUCAUACAGUUUGGGAAGUAGUUGAAUCUAUAUGGAGUCUUUUGGAUAGCUGUACAGGUGACAUCUUCUGGAUGGAUAUCCAGCUGGCUUUUAAUACAGUAGGAGGACGUGACAGGCUUCUGAUAGCUGAUAUGUUGUACAGCUUGCUGGGCAGAACCGAGCUAUUCGGGUCUUUGGCUGAAAUCAUCAUCAGGCUCAGAUGGAGAAGAGGGAGUUGUCUCAGCUUGUAUGCAUUAUUUAUAGUUCAAGCUAAAUUGCUCCUUAUAUUUCCCUCAAAGUUCACGGCCACGGCAUUAACAUGCUUUAUGGCAAGUAUUCAAUCGUUUGUGAUGGGUUUAGAACGAAGUUUUUUAGUGUGGAGGCUACACAUAGACCUACAACUUCUAACCAUUGUUUAUUCGGCAGUCACAAUAGUGGUUGUUUUGAACAAUACUGAGUCUAGGGCAAGCGUCUUGCGUGUGUACAUCGAUAUUCAUGAUGCCGAGGAUUUCUCAAAAACCCUAAAUGGAUUCAUCAUUGGAUCAAUUCUUAUAAUAGGAGGUCUCUAUGCCUUCCUUUGGGGCAGAAAAAGAAGUAUUAUCAACAAAGGGAAUAAUGACAAAGAAAUAUGCAUCCAAGAUUCUCAAGAGGCAGUGGUUGUGGGGGCCUCUGUACCUUUGCAGAUCAUUGUGGCUCCAUUAAUAGACGCUGAAGAUGAGGGCAGAGAGAAACAAGAGAUUGUGAAGGAGAAGGCCACAAGAUGA